AUGCCGGGAAUCCCGGGGACCGGGCACCCGCCGGGCUUCGAACUCACACAGUCACAGGGGAAUGAGAAGCUGCAGUGUUCAAACCAUGAUGCAACACAUAUGCUUGUUCUCUCCCCUGAUGGGGAGCUUUCUGAACAGUGGGCUACAGCUUCAUCUAGCUGCUGUAAGACAAGGCUGGUGAGAGAGCUAAGACACCAAGACAUUGUUCAAAUAUCAUGUGGGGACCAGCACGCCAUGGCGCUCUCCAGAGGAGGUGAACUCUUCACAUGGGGCAAGAACGCUCACGGACAGCUCGGUGUGGGGAGCCUCACUGCGUCCAUCCCUCAGCCACACCUGGUGAAAAGACUAAAGGGUAUCCCACUUGCUCAUAUUGCUGCUGGAGGAGCUCACAGCGCCGUCGUGUCACUCUCUGGAGCUGUGUACUCCUGGGGGAAGAAUGGUUUUGGACAGCUGGGACUUGGAGACACAGAAGACAGAGACUGCCCAGCCUAUGUUAGAGCGUUAGAGCACUGGAAGACUGUAUUUAUUGCAUGUGGGGCAGAUCAUACUGCAGUUCUCUCCAAGGAGGGGCUGGUGUGCACCUUUGGAGCAGGAGGGGCUGGUCAGCUUGGUCACAACUCUACCCAGAAUGAACUUGUGCCUCGUGUGGUGGCAGAGCUGUGGGGAGCAAGAGUUUCACAGGUUGCCUGCGGCAGUCAGCAGACACUGGUCUAUGUCCCCUCCUUGGACAAAGUCUAUUCAUUUGGCUCUGGUGAAGAAGGACAGCUGGGAGAUGGGAGAAAGCCUCAUCAGUUGAUACCACUUCCCAUCACUUCACCAGCGAAUAUUGAAAAAUUGUGUCAGGAAAAUAGCACAUCACAAAAGGUUACUGGAAGUAUUACAAGAGGAAUCCAAAGUAGUGUUCUUCGCAAAAUGAUCAAGAAUUCCUAUUUGAAGGAAAUUGCCACUCUGAAGGAUAAAGAUGUGGAUGCAUGGAUUUCUAAUUCCAGUUUGCAACAUUGGGAGCUUAUAAAACAGAAUAUCAGACUGAUCUUUUCAUCUGAGGCUUGCAUCAACGGAAGCUUCCUGGGGAAAAGUGACAAACACUUCAAAACUUCCAAAGAAUUCUCAGGUGUAGACAUGUCAGAAGUGCAACAAUUUUAUGAGAAGAUCAGGAAGAAGCCAGAAGUCCUCCAGGAGGUGCAAAAGGAGAUUAAGAAGUUACUGCUGUCAUUGUCUUCCUCUCCCAUCUCACCUGAAAAUUUUAGACUCUACUUGAUCUUGCCUUUCCUUCUGCGGGGCAAUGAUGACAGCUCUUUCCAUUCUCUCAGCCUGCUAGCACAAGCCAUCACGAGGCUUCAGCCAAAGGCCCUGCAAACUCUUGAACACCUGUUGUCAAAUCUAGAAACACCCUUUUUCAGGGGGCUGGUCUUUCUGUAUCAGAGAGUUUCCCAGAAAAACGUGUCAGAAUUUGUCACGGAUAUUGUCCAAAGAGGCAUGGAUUAUCUAAUAAGCCCCUAUGACGGGAACUCACGUGAACCAGAAACUCUGCAAAUACUGCAAAUUCUUUACCAGGUGAACUCCAGAGCUGGUUUCAGAGUACUAGCAAAAAACUUCUACGUGCCUCAAGUGAAAGAAGCUAUAGUAAAUCAUAUGAAUUUCUGUGCAAACACACCCCUAUGGAAUCUGACCAAGUAUCCAUGCAUCUUUAGCAUGGAAGACAAGCUCUUAGUUUAUGACAUUGAAAGCAAGACUACAGCUGUCCAUUUGGGUCCUGUAGUCUUAAGAACGAUAGCCUGGGAACAGUGGCUUUUUCCAGUCCGAAGACAGUACCUUCUGCAAGACCUAUGGAACAAUUUAAAUAGUGCCUCAACCCAGCAAUUCAGGAGCAUCUUAAAGGCCGCCGGCCGCGGGGACAUCUUCUGCCGGGUCGGGACGCUGUGCGGAAUGGCCCUGUACAACUCCUGCCUGGUGCCCUUCCCCUUCCCCGCCGCUCUCUACAAGAAGCUGCUGGGCCUUGCGCCGGCCCUGCAGGACCUCGAGGAGCUGUGGCCGCCGGUCGGUCGGAAUCUUCAGGCAAUUUUGGAUGAAGAAGAUGAUCGUAUCUUUGAGAGCCUGGAAAUGGACUUCACAAUAAUGGAAGAAGGAGAUUCCAUGGUUGCUGUUGAACUUAAAGAAAAUGGUGCCAGCAUCCCUGUCACUAAGGAUAACAGGAAAGAAUAUGUUGACUUGUAUGUGAAUUAUGUGUUCAAUGAAUCAAUACGGAAGCCAUUUGAGGACUUUAUGCAAGGGUUUUUAAGAGGCUGCCCAGCUGAAAAGUGGAAGAUGUUUCUCCCUGCAGAGCUCCAGAUUGUUCUCCAGGGACAGACAAAGUUUGACUGGCAUCUGCUGGAAAAGAAUGUGAUAUACAGUCAUUACCAACCAUCAGAUGAAACCAUCAGGAAUUUUUGGACUGUGUUUCACAAACUCUCAGAAGACAAAAAGAAAAAGUUUCUUGCUUUUUUGUCAGGAUCUGAUCGAAUCUCUGCUUAUAAACUGGAACGUUUUACAUUUUCUAUUGUAGAUCCUCAAGUAGCAAAUCCAGAUGAGAUAUAUCCUUAUGCUAAUACCUGCAGCCUCAUUUUGUUCCUCCCUAGAUACAGCCGAAAAGGAAUACUCAAGAAAAUGCUGCUCUGUUCCAUAGAGCAUGAUGAAAUGUUUGGUUUGCUCUAA